AUGUCAAUAACCCUGCCUGCCAGAUUUGACUCACUACCAAAAUUAUGCAAAGAGAUUCUCCGUGAAUUCUCCAUCAGGAUCCUGAGGCAUUCAGCUGAGGGCAAAAAAAUUUCAAGUGCAUCACAACCCAGACCUGUGGAAGCUCAGUACCAGGAUGAAUUCUACAGGGGAUUCACCCAUGUAGCAGGGCAAGGUGUGCCGAUAUCCAGUGAAUGGUCAAGGACCAAGGACGGUCGAGUGGAUUUCUAUAUCCCAGAAAAAAAAUGGGCGAUUGAAUUAUUGAGAAAUCAUUAUAAAGUUGAUGAACAUAUCUCUCGAUUCAAGGAGGGUGGCAAAUAUCAUCCCUGGCUGAAGGAGAAUAUUAUCAAGGAUUGGAUCAUAAUCGACUGUGCGACUUCUUUACCAACCAAAGAGUUCUCUGAGCCUAGGCUAUGGCAUGCUGUAUUCAUCAAUGAUUAUUCUGAAUUGCAGCUGUAUAACUAUCAGAAAGUUCUUAUGAUGUCUGUGCAUCUAAGGAAUUGA